AUGUCAGUGGCUCAGCGAGCCGCCAAACUGGAGACGGAGCCCAACCAUUACGCUGUGCUGGGCGUGCCGAGCACCGCCACCACUGCCGACAUCAAGCAGGCAUUCAGGCAACUGGCGCUCAAGUACCACCCUGACAAAGCGAGCACCCCGGGCCAGAAGGCGGCGUCAGACAAGCUGUUCAGAUUGGUGUCCAGCGCGCACACUGUCCUUGCAGACAAGGACCAGCGCCGCAUGUUCGACCUGACCCUGCUCCGGCGCCAGAUAAAUGCCAGAGGCCGUCAUGUCAUCUGA